CGUAAAAACACGCGUUUAUAUGUUUGAACGCGGUUGUCGUAAAGGGGUGGUCCGUGGAGCGGUGACCUGGCUUAACUAAUUUAUCAGUGGCGCUUUGCGCUCACAUGUGCCGUCUCUUCAUUCUAUUAGUUUCGGAAACUCAACACCUCCAUCUACGCCCACCAACACAUCAACUCUCCUUACAGACGUCGACACACGUGUGUAAAAUCUUAGGCCAAACAAAGGCAGUUACUUAAGAAGGAAAGGGAGAUGUUAUUUUCUCCUUCCUAUUGUCAUGGCCACGGUCCCCUAGAAGCAACCUGAGAGAUCCGCGCUGCCUUAGCCUUCUCUAUCCCCAUCAUCGUCACAUUGUUACGCUCGAUAGCCUCGAAUUUAAUAACCAGGAUGCCCUCUUACCACCUUGACGCAACGGUUGGCCGUCCCAGUGGUUAUUAUUCCUACGACGCCCAGGGUGCCCUGCUGGAUCGAUUACAACAGCCUAGCUUCAUUAUUUUCGUCGUCGUGUUCCUCCUCACCAUUAUUUGCCGUCCCUUACCGGCCUCGUAUUCCCUUGUCAGACCGAGACGGCCUGGGGAGUUGUUUUGGGAUUUCGUGGUUACCAUUAUCCCCGCCAGAUUGCUCUAUGCUGCCCAGAACUGGCUGCAUGCACCGGCUUUCCCGAUUCCCGCAUCCACUCUCGCCCCACAGCCCCGAUCACACGUCGAGAAGAGCGAUAUUCUCCGAAGGCUACUUGGAAUGGACGGACCAGGAGGCAUCAUCACUUCCGUCGCGAACGUAGGCAGGAGAAGCCUUUCAUCCUUGCCAGGUAUAACGCCAAUAAAACAAGAUACCGAUCGACCGCCUGGCCUAGGAAACUACGAUAAUUCUUGCUUUCAGAACAGCAUCCUCCAGGGUCUGUCGUCGUUGGAGACAUUUCCAGCAUACCUGGCGUGGGUUUCAGAGCGGGAACAAUCCCAAGACCAAAGGGGGGCGACAUCGGUGGGUUCGCUACGAGACCUCAUAUGGAAGUUAACCGAUCCCGAUUACAAUGGAAAAACUUUGUGGACGCCCAAAAAGUUGAAGUCUCUCGACACAUGGCAACAGCAAGACGCUCAAGAAUACUUCUCCAAGAUCCUAGACGAGAUCGAUAGAGAGGUGGCAAAGGUGGUCGGAGCCCAACAUCGUUCUUCGGUAUUCGAGAUGAUCGGCAUUAGAGACGAUACCGAGGACAGCCAGCAUAGCGAUGAUAGCGGCUAUCAGUCGUUACCAGUCUAUUCUAAAUCCACAUCAACCGUGAGGGUUCUAAGAAAUCCGCUGGAGGGCCUCAUGGCACAGCGGGUCGUGUGUGUUCAAUGUGGCCAUUCCGAAGGCCUGGUCAUGAUCCCAUUUAAUUGCCUCACCCUUAAUCUUGGGCUGCAGCAAACAGAGCAUGAGUUAUACGAAGGACUAGAUUCCUACACCGACCUAGAGACCAUCGAUGGUGUCGAGUGCGCCAAGUGCACCUUACUGAAACUCCAGAGGCUCCUCAAUAUUAUUAUAUCUCGGAGUAAAGAGGUUGGGGCAAGCGAAGCCGAUUUCAAGGAACCGAUUUCACGCCUCAAAGCUGUCGAACUCGCCCUUGAGGAAGACGAUUUCCAGGACAAAACGUUGCGAGAGAAAUGCAAAUCUCAGAGCCGUGUCGGCUCCACCAAAACAAAGCAAGUAGCAGUAGCGCGGCCACCGCAGAGUCUUGCCAUCCAUUUGAAUCGCUCCGUGUUUGACGAACACACGGGUCACAUGUUUAAAAAUCUAGCAGCGGUGCGAUUUCCGAUGACGCUGGACCUGGGGCCGUGGUGUCUGGGAAGCGCAGCUGGACCAGCAGGCCCCUCGGAUGAUACCUACCCCUCCACUGUACAACCCAAGGAUGAAGAAUGUUGGAUUAUAGAUCCAAAAUCGUCCAUGGUCUCGGGGGGCCUAAAACGACCGAGAAUCAGGGGUCCGAUCUACGAGCUGCGGGCGGUCAUAACCCAUCAAGGUCGACACGAAAAUGGACAUUACGUCUGCUACCGAAGGCACCCCGGCCGACCAUCAAAACGCGAUGACAGCGAUAGUCCUAGAUCGCUUGAGGGAAACGGAAAGGCCGAACAAGUUGACGUAGAAAGUAUAUCGGACAACGUAGACGGAGGCGACGGUGAGACCUUGGACCGGCAAGCUAGAUGGUGGCGCCUAAGCGACGAAACCGUGUGGGAAGUACCCGAGGAGAUCGUUCUGGCACAAGGUGGGGUGUUCAUGCUCUUCUACGAUUGUGUUGAUACGAAUUCAGUUCUCGUUCCUAGGGCAUCGUCCCAGGUUGAGUGGAUUGACAGAAUGGCACCCCUUGAUGAUCAAGGCGUCGGUGGUACAGAAACAGGAGGUAAUGCUGAAGGGAGAUCCAGGCAUGACCCACUGGAACGCCAAGGGCAGUCUCACGAGCCGACGAACAGGACCAACGAGAGAGUUACGCCGAAAGCGAGCAUUCCUCGCCUAAUCGGUGACGACGGGUUCCAAGGGCAGGUCAAGAGCACCCAGCAACAGGGAACCACGAUUGCAUGGUCAAGUCUUACACCAUCGCUCGCUGAGGGAGAGCGGGUAGAUCCUACCAUCCCUCUUCAUCGACCCAACCGAUGAUGUCCAGGCUAUGUAGUAUCUUGCCCAUAGAAGCCUCAGUUCCUGGCUCGAUAAAGUCCACCUCAGGAUGCAAUUCAUGGCACCAAGUGUGGAAUGUAUCAUAGCCCUACCUUCCAUGGCUGCGGCGUUUGGGUAGAGUGGGCUGUUUAUUACUGACCGAGCCAUAACUGGCGGUAGCGUAGAUGCACUCGGUCAUCCCGUUCAGAUUCAACUUAUACUGCGCGCGCUUUGUGGCUGGUCGGCAAAAUUCGUGUCGGGCAAAUAUACAUUGAAGGCACCCUUCUCCGUAGACGUACACAUUUGCGACUCUCAUGAUAGUAACAGGUAACGCACCUAGGUAUAUAGUAUAUUAUCUGCGAGGUACGCAUAGACUAUAACUAUGUCAGGCUACUUUAAGUACAUUAAAUAAAG